UAAUUUAACGCCAACCUCAUACACACCUCCUUCCUCUCUUCAGUUCACAAAGAAAGUCAUAACCCACCUUUGCCUUUCUCUCUCUCUCUCUCUCUCUCCCUGUCUGUCUGUCUGCCCCUCACAGACUCACACAAACAACUUCCUCCUUUGUUCUUCCUCCCCUCAAACUCAUGGAGGAAGCUCAAACUCAAACCCAAGUUUCCAAAUCUACAUUCAAGAGAAAGCAAAGAAAAACCCAGCAAAAAUCUCACAUGGGUAAUGCAGUGCAUGAAUCUUUAUCCAGCUUUAACCAACUGAGAGCAGAGUCUGCUCAACGAAGAGCCCGAAAACAGAGAAGGGAAGAGUGCAUGAAGACUAAUCAGCCCAGUGAUGUAAAGAAUGGUGGUGAAGAAGAUGGUGACAAGGAGGUGGAGAAGAAGAUUGAGGCAUUGCAGCGGAUUGUGCCAGGUGGGGAGUCACUUGGAGUUGACAAGCUGUUUGAAGAGACUGCUGGGUACAUAAUGGCCUUGCAGGGUCAGCUCAAAGCCAUGAAAGCUCUUGCAAGCUUUGUUGAAGGCUUGGAGAAGGAGAAGAGGAAGUUUGGAGGUUGAUUGAUUGAUUGAUUAAUUAUGGCCUCUUGCUGAUUGGGAGUUUGGAAGGUUCUUAUUAUGGUUCCAUGACAGACCAAUGAAAUCUCUUCUUCUUUUUUGUCCUCUCUUUUUUUUCUUUUUCAAUUUUCUUUGUUGGGUAGUAGUGGGUAGCUUUUUUUUUUUCCUUCUUCUUUAUUUUUCCUCCUUAUAAUGUUAAUUUUUUCAUAUUUUUGUAAUGAACUAAUGGAUAGGAAAAGAUCAAGUUCUCUAGUACUAAAGAAAUGAUAUAAUGCCUUUUUAAUA